AUGAAAUUUUUUCAUCUCGCGAUCGUAACAUCAUUAGUAUGUGGAUUAGAAUUUUGUACAGCAUCAGCAUUUACUUAUAUUCCACCUAUAUUAUUUAAAGCUGGAAUAUCUGAAUUAUCAAUGACAUGGAUAAUGGGUUGUGGUAAUCUUAUUGAAGCACCUACAAUUGGCCUUAGUUUAUUAGUAAUUAGUUGUAUUUUAUUUUAUUUUGCUGCUCAGGCUUGUUUUAAUCCAUGUGAAUCAUUAAUUUAUGAUAUUUAUAAAGGUACAUCACAAGAAUCUUCCUGUUUUUUUGUUUAUUCAUUUAUGACAUCAUUUGGAGGAUGUUUAGGUUAUUUAAUUACAGCAACUGAUUGGACUGAAUCGUACUUAAGUAAUUAUAUGCAAGGACAAGAAAAAUUAACAUUUUACGUAAUUUUAUUAUUCUUUUCCAUAACACUUUGUUGUACAUUAAUAUCAGCAAAUGAAAAAGUUCCAGUAAUCAAUGAUAAUCUCGAUGAACAAUCUUUAUUUAAUAAUAUUCAUAUAUGUCAUUUUUUAUUUCCUAUAAAAUUCUUAAAAAUUCUUAUUACAAUGCCAUUUGUUUUACGUCGUUUAACAUUAGCUGAAUGUUGUUCAUGGUCAGUUAUAAUGAUAUUUAAUUUACUUUUUACUGAUUUUGUUGAUCAAACUGUUUAUAUCGGUGAUCCAAGUGCGGAUGAAUUAUCGGAAGAGCGUCUUCGAUAUGAUCAAGGUGUAUGA